AAAUUCAAGAAAUCUUUCAAUUUAAUGGUAAAGAAUUAGACCAAUUUUACACUACAGUCAGACCUCUAAAUGUCGGUUCAUGGUAUAUCCUUGAGAAAGUUGGGUUCGAACCAGUACAAGCAGAAGUUUUAAUUGAUUUUGAAAGUAAAGGUUAUGAUUUACCAUCUUUAGAUAAUUUGCUAAAAUAUUGUGAAAAACUUGAAGAAUUUAUUGAUAAACUUUAUUACAAUAAGGAUAUAGAAGCUAGUAAGCUUUACAUUCAAGAAAAUGACAAAAAGUUCACAUUUUGUAAAAAUGCAGAUG